AUGGGGGUAAAAGAAGAGAUGCUGGGAACGGAAGGAGGACUCAGAAAAGAGGCAGAAAAGGACGGCAUAAUGGUAGCGGAAUGCAAGGGAGGGAAAAAGAAAUGGAGGAUAGUGAGGGUGUAUGUAAACGGAGACAUGGACGCAGAGAUAAAGGAGCUAAAACCAUGGCUAGAAGAAAUUGGGGGAGAAGAGAGGACAGUAAUAGGUGGUGAUUUCAACGCAAGAACAGGAGAGGAAGGGGGAGUGACAGAUAAGGGGGAGGAGGAUGAAGGAGGAGAGAGAUGGAGAUCCAAGGACAAGAAAAUUAAUGGGGAAGGGAAAAGGCUGUUGCAAGUCCUAAGGGAGACGGGGUGGUCGAUAGUGAAUGGGAGUAUAGAAGGGGACGAGGAGGGAGAAUGCACAUACACGGGGCCCAGAGGAGAUACGGUGAUUGAUUAUGUGAUAGUUGAAGAAGAAGGGAGGGAAAGAAUCAUAAGUCUGGAAGUAGGGGACAGGGUAGACUCAGACCACCACCCCGUGAUAGUGAUGUUGGAAGCGGGAAAUAAGCAGGGAUCGAAAACAGAAAGGGGAAGGAGGGCAACUGCGAGAGGGAAUUGGACGGAGCAGGGGAGAAGAAAAUUUAGGGAAGAAAUAAAGUGGAGAGAAAAGAGAGACGGCAAAGUCGACGAAGACUUGGAAAUAAUGUUGGAGGAAUUCAAAAGAGGACUGGAGAAAGGUAAAGCGGAGGGGAGGGGAAAAGAGAAAAAAGGAUGGUGGGAUGAGGAGUGUAAGGAGAGAAAAAAGGAGCUUAGGGGAAUACUAAGGAAGUGGAGGAAGGGGCAAACGGAGGGAGAAAGUUAUAGGCAGGCAAGAAAAGAGUAUAACAGAUUAUGCGAGUAUAAAAAGAGGGAGGAAAACGAGAGGUUCAUAAAAGAGGUGGAGGGAGCAAAAACGGAUAAGGAGGUGUGGAAAAUAGUAAACAGAGAAAGAAAGAAAAGAGGCCAAACUCAAGAAGGUAUAAAGGAAGAAGAGUGGAAAUCCCACUUCAUGAACCUACUAGGCGGAACGGAAGACAAGGUGGUGAUGGGGGGAGAGAGGAAGGCGGAAGAGGAGGAGGAGAGGGAACAAGAGGAGGAGAUAAGCAGGGAGGAAAUCAGAAAAGCAGUGGGAAAAUUAAAAGACGGGAAAGCGGCUGGAAGUGAUGGUAUCCCAAAUGAAGUAUGGAAGUACGGAGGAGAGGAGGUGAUGGAAUGGAUAUGGGAAACUUGCAACAGAGUAUGGGAAGGAGAAGGAUGGCCAGAAGGAUGGAAGGAGGGGAUAAUUGCUCUAAUUAGGAAGAAGGGGAGUGGAAAGCAGGCUAGCGAUUACCGGGGAGUAACCCUGAUGCCGACACUGUACAAGAUCUACGCGGCAGUCCUAACGGAGAGAUUAAGAAAAGAAGUAGAAGUCAAGGGAAUGCUCCCGGAUAGCCAGACGGGUUUUAGGAAGGGAAUGGGAACGAUGGAUAACAUUUAUGCGCUAAAUUAUGUGGUAAACAGGCAAAUAAAGAAAGAGAAGUGGAAAGUAAUAGCAUGCUUUGUCGAUCUAAAAGCAGCCUUCGAUUCGGCUGAUAGAGGGGUGUUGAUGGAGACGUUAAGGGAAAGGGGAGUAAGGAAGGGAUUACGCGAAAGAGUAAGGGAAAUACUGAGGGAAACCAAAAGCAGGGUAAGGACGGGAGAAGGGAUGACGGACCCGUUCUGGACGGCAAGAGGAGAGACGGCACCCUAA